UGUAAUUCAAAACCCUGGAAGUCUGCAGCAGUGCUCACUCCACUUCAGUAUACCAUGAAUGCAGGAUGCAGCCAGUCAUAUAAAGGAUCCUCUGCUUCACAGAAUGAGAGAAAGACGUGAGCUACAAACCUGAAUCCAACCUGAAAUUCCCAAACAGAUGAGUUGGUGACAGCCUCUUCCAGAGUCCAGGGAUCCCACUUACCCCAGCUGUGCCUCCUCAGAUCUGUACAACUCUGAUUCAGACUAUCCAAAAAUUUCUACUGUUCCAGCUGUCACAGAGAAUAACAGGGGCCAGCUGAAUGUCAGGAUGCAAGUAGUUACUAUUAUACUACUACUACUUCUUUGCAAAGCAUCUGACUGUAGGAGGACAAGGAACAGGAGUUUGAGAAACAAUGAAAGGGAAAACCUCUUAAGAAGAGCAUCUAGCACUGUUAAGCGCAAUGCCCGAGGCCUGACAUGUGACAUAUACACUUACCUUCAUGAGAAAUACCUAGAUUGCCAGGAAAGAAAAUUGAUUUUUGUGGCACCUGAUUGGCCAGAGGAUAUAAAACACAUGCUGCUAGCAAGAAACAGGAUUCGUAAAUUGAAGAAUAAUAUGUUUUCCAAGUACAAAGAACUGAAAAGUCUGGAUUUACAGCAGAAUGACAUAUCAAAAAUUGAGAGUGAGGCUUUUUUUGGCUUGACUAAACUUACCACACUCUUACUGCAGCAUAAUCAAAUCAAGAGUUUAUCUGAGGAGUUCUUUAUUUACAUGCCCAGUCUAAACUACCUUCGCCUUUAUGAUAAUCCCUGGCACUGCAACUGUGAACUAGAAACUCUUGUUACAAUGCUGCAGGUUCCGACAAACAGAAAUUUGGGAAAUUAUGCCAAGUGUGUGCACCCAAUAGAACUGAAAAACCAAAAGCUAAAGCAGAUCAAAGCUGAUCAGCUCUGCAGUGAAGAGGACAGACAGGACCCCAAAAACAUUAAACGGGAGAAGCCUGAACCUGUCAAACCCGAAUUUGAUUCCUCUCUGUGCCACAUGUAUGUGUUUCCUGUACCAACUCUGAACUGCAAAAGAAAAGAUUUAAAGAAAGUUCCAGGUAACAUCCCUCCAGAUAUAGCUAAACUUGAUUUGUCCAACAAUAAAAUCAGACAACUGCGAGCCAAAGAGUUUGAAGAUGUCAGUGAACUGAAGAUAUUAAACUUAAACAGUAAUGGAAUCACUUACAUCGAUCCUGCUGCUUUCUCAGGCCUCAAUAACUUAGAGGAGCUGGAUCUAUCAAACAACAGCUUGCAGAAUUUUGAAUAUGGAGUACUGGAAGAUCUUUACUUCCUGAAAAUCCUGUGGCUGAGAGAGAAUCCUUGGAGAUGUGAUUACAACAUUCAUUACCUUUUCUACUGGCUGAAGCAUCACUACAAUGUUCACUACAACGGCCUAGAAUGCAAAAUGCCUGAGGAGUACAAAGGGUGGUCUGUUGGGAAAUAUGUUCGAAGUUAUUAUGAGGAGUGCCCAAAAGACAAGAUUCCCAUUUAUCCAGAAACUUUUGACCUGGACAAAGAUGAUGAGGAAUGGGAACGACACAAAGAGCAAACCGUUCAAACAGGAAAGAAGCACGGGGUGAUUGUCACUGUGAUAGGCUAAAAAUGAACCUUUUGUUUUAGUACAUUUAAAUGUUUGAUACUCUGAAAAACAUGCUGUUUACAUUUGGGUUUUUUGCUAAUUAUACUGAUUGUUUGUAGGACUAUCUGCCUGCAAAGAUCUCUGUUUCUUGCAGAUGAUAACUACAGAAUGGUAUUAGUUAUACAG